CCGAGGAGCCAGCGAGCGACAGCGAGGGAGUGCUUAAUCUCACAUCAUCCGCUGUAAGGCUGGUCCACCCGUGCGAGAUUUGGUGUGAGACAACCAGAAGAGGAGCGCUGGUGGCGGUGGUGUUCGCGGAGAGCCUCGGUGGACGUGAUGUUUGAGGAGACCAUGCAGGAAGAGUCGAGCUCGCCCCUGUCUCCAGUGGACAGUCUCAGCAACAGCGAGGAAGAGGCGGACAGGCAGCAGCAGAAGAGGUGUGGGAGGAAGAGGAGAUCGAGCAGGAAGAACGGGGAGGACUCGGACAGCCCGACCCCUGGGAAAAGGGGCAAGAAGUCGAGCAACAGCAGCAGCAGCCCGCAGUCCCUGGAGGAGCUGCAGACGCAGCGGGUGAUGGCGAACGUGCGCGAGCGCCAGAGGACGCAGUCCCUCAACGAGGCGUUCGCGUCCUUGCGCAAGAUCAUCCCCACUUUGCCGUCGGACAAGCUGAGCAAGAUCCAGACCCUCAAACUGGCGGCCAGGUACAUCGACUUCCUGUGCCAGGUUCUACAGAGCGACGAGCUGGACUCCAAAAUGUCGAGCUGCAGCUAUGUGGCCCACGAAAGACUGAGCUACGCCUUCUCCGUGUGGAGGAUGGAGGGCGCGUGGUCCAUGUCAACAUCCCACUAGUGUCCGUGGAUCUGUGAGGCGACAAACACGGUCACCCCCCCACCCCCCACCCCCGUUCCAUGUACCUGUCCGGGGAGGAGGUCGAAGCUGGAUGUGUACAAAGCUUCAGAGGUUUCUUCAGAGGGGACUAAGGAAGGGUGUUUUAUGGCAAGGAGGACGAGGCGUGCGGAGCACUUAGAGCAGCAGAAGGCCGUGGACGCGGGAGAGCCGAGUGCACAGCGCGCGCAGCGAGAGCGAGGCCCUCUACAUUCUGAUCUCUCUUUGAACCCUUUUCUGUUUGACGAUGAAUGUUGGAAAUAUGUAUUUCUUUAUGCAUGCUUUUUGACCAGCCGUGCCUGUUUUAUAUGGAGAGAGAGGGGAAAUGCAUCGAAUAUUUCGUUUCAUGAUGAGGACAUUUUUUUUUAAAACUUGGCUCAUUCAUGUGCAGAUUGUUU